AUGGGUGUUGAGACCAGUCCUUUCCUGGCCCCACAGGAGCUGCCUUCCUAUGAGUCGGCGGCCAUGAAAAACCUUACUACCCUAGAGGGCCAUGGCUACUCGACUCCUCUCAGCACGGUCUUCAACAUCGUUAACACAAUGGUUGGCCUUGGUACUGCCUCGCGUUACGUCUACAGUGGCCAUCUCUGUGACUCAGGAAUGUUUGCACUGCCCUAUGUUUUCGGGGUUGUUGGUUACCUCACAGGAUCCAUCAUUUUUAUAGGAGCCGUCCUGGCCUCCUACCUCUCAGCGUACGUCCUCACGAUGGUUUUGUCGGGCUAUCUGGAGGAGUACAGCUACUACGCUCUGGCCACUCGCCUCUUCAAGGGCCGCACCAUGUCUCUGGCCAUCGACAUUGUCUUGGCGGUUGUGCUUUUUGGGGUCAUCAGUAUGACAUUGGUCGUGUCUUUCGACUCGCUCCAUUCGCACUUCCCCAAAGUCCCUCGGUGGAUGCUGGGGGGUAUGGCAGCGUUGGCAGGAUGGGCCGCGUCGCUGCCUAGGUCUCUGCACGGUGUGAGGUUCGCCUCCUACACCGGUGUUGGCCUUAUGUUACUUAUAUGGGUAUCAGUAGUCUUCACGGUUAUCUUCAACCCGCUCGAUUCCGUGGAUGUGGAGCCUGUACCACUGGAGGUGGAUACCACAAGGUCGUGGGUUCCAUUCUCGCAGGCAGCAUCAGCUGGCGUGUUCUCUUUCAUCAUGCACAUCAAUCUGCCAUGCCUACACGGUGAGCUGAAGCCCAUUGAUCGACCCAAGAUGCCCCUUUUAAUGGUCAUCGCCCUCGCAUGGGCGUUCGUGAUGAAUGUUAGUAGGAGUACUUACUGGCCCUUCCAUCAUCUAUCUUGUGACGAAUCCGAUCUCCGUGGGAGCAGUGGUUCUCUCUUGCGCGUGGCAUCCAACUUAGCUGAUGCCCACAUGCAGAUAGCUGGAAACCACUGGACCGUCGACAUCGUAAUGCUCUCUCGUGCGGCAGCAUGUUCGAGGAGGCCCAUGAUGGCCUCUGUGGUGACACGUCGCUGGAAGUACACCCCAAGCUUUGAAAGAGGUCUCAACCCAGAGUUGACCUCGGGGGACUACGGUGACAUGCCCAAGCCUCAACCGCUUAUCGACUUCUUCACUCAAAAUCGCAACCCAUGGUUCGGAUUUGCCAUGUUCUGUGGCUUCAACUUCUUAUGGUGGGCUUUCUUCGGAGCCUGGCAAAUCCGUCCCCUGUGGGCAUCUCAGAGGAAGAGUCUGGCGGAGGCGGAUCGUCUCUACGGCCCCACUAAAUAUGGAGUUGGCAAGAAGUACAUCAACUAG